UCGCGGCCAACAUCGUUGCUUGCUGAUCUGAAUAGCGGGAGGUAAUCAAAUCGUCAAUCUUCCUGAGUCAUUCGAUUAUCUUACUGUCCCUCCCUGCUUACAAUCGGUGCUUGGCCGAUAUGCACGCCCCAAGUUCCAGAAUUUUUUCCCGUAAACUUCUGGAACUUAAUAUUUUCCCGCGAAACAAACAAGGUAUUAGGCCAUUGUGUUCUUCAGACCCAACCCACAAACCUUCCAUCUCACAACCAUCCCAUGACAAAAGCAGCGUAUCCGUCGUUGCCGAUCUUAUUGCAAAGCAACAUUGGUCAAAGCUCAAAGCCCAUCUCAAUGGUGAAAAUCCUAGCACACUCCUCGAACAACUUCUCACCUUUGGAGUAGACCCGGAGCUCAGUCUCAGGUACUUUAACUGGUGCGUAAAGCAGUUUGAUCUCUCUCCUUCGCUGGAUGUCAUUUGUAGAAUCUUAAACACGCUGGUAAAAGCUAAAAUUUACCCAAAAAUCAGGUCUUUUCUUGAUGGGUUUGUUAAGAGAGAUUUCGAUUAUUCAGUUUAUUCGAUUUUCCAUGCGAUUUCGGUGUAUAACGGUCAGUUUUCUGAAAUAAUUAUUGAUAUGUUGGUGCUGGCUUAUGUGAAGAACUUGAGGACACAAUUGGGAUUUGAGACGUUCAAGCGUGCUGUUGAUUAUGGAUAUAAAUUAUCUAUUUUUUCUUGUAAUUCUUGGUGAGUGGUUGGGAAUGAAGGUCAAACUGUGGAUAUGGAGUAUGUGUAUAAGGAGAUGAUGAGGAGGAGAUUUACACCUGAUUCCAUCAGCUUCAAUACUGUAAUCAAUGGUUUGUGUAAAGCUGGGAAGAUGAACAAGGCAAGGGACGUUAUGGAGGACAUGAAGGCAUGGGGUCUCUCUCCCAAUGUGGUUACCUAUAACAUUCUCAUUGCUGGGUAUUGCAAGAUGGGUGGGAUAGGCAGAAUGUAUAAGGCAGAUGCAAUUCUAAAGGAAAUGGUGGCAAACUCAAUUUCCCCGAGUGAGAUUACAUUCAAUAUUUUGAUAGAUGGCUUUUGUAAAGAUGAGAAUAUGUCAGCUGCUGUGAAGGUGUUUGAAGAAAUGCAAAGACAAGGUUUGGUACCAAAUUUGGUAACUUACAAUUCGCUUAUUAAUGGUUUAUGUUGCAACGGGAAGCUCUCUGAGGGUGUUGCUUUGCUGGAUGAGAUGGUGACCUUGGGUUUAAAGCCGAAUGUGGUUACUUACAAUUCUCUUAUAAAUGGGUUUUGUAAGAAGAAUAUGACGAAGGAAGCUAAGGACAUGUUUGAUUAUGGUGUGAAACAGGGAAUGAUUCCUACUGUAUCAACAUAUAAUGUACUGAUUAAUGCUUAUUGUAAGGGGAAGAGGCUGGAGGAUGCAUUUGCUCUGCAGAAAGUUAUGAGAGACAAAGGACUGUCUCCUACUGUUUCGACCUAUAAUUGCUUAAUUGCAGGUUUAUGUAGAGAAGGCGACAUAAAGGCUGCUAGGAAGGUUAUGGAUGGAAUGGUGGCUGAAGGUUUGAGAGCCGAUGUCAUCACAUAUAAUAUAUUGAUAGGUGCAUUAUGUAAUAAAGGAGAAGCAAGAAAAGCAGCAGGGCUGUUAGAUGAAAUGUUUAAGCUGGGUUUAAGGCCAAGUCAUGUGACAUAUAACACUUUGAUGGAUGGCUAUUGCAGGGAAGGAAACCUUCGGGCAGCAUUAAAUGUGAGUUCACAGAUGAAGAAAGAAGGGAAACGGAUGAAUGUCGUGUCUUAUAAUGUGCUGAUAAAGGGAUUUUGUAAGAAAAGCAAGUUGGAAGAUGCAAACAGGCUUCUUAAUGAGAUGCUGGAGAAGGGUUUGAUCCCAAAUCAAAUAACAUAUCAGAUAGUUAAAGAAGAAAUGAUGGAGAAAGGAUUUCUUCCCGAUAUUGAAGGACAUUUAUAUAGCAUCUCGGGCAGCUCCUAGCACUUGAAGAGGGAAAUCGCAUUGCUAUUAUUGGUGACUGGUGAGACUUAGUCCACACUUGGCAACUUAUACAGGAGCAAUUUUGGUCAAUCUCAACAGAGGUGCUACUUAUGCAUGCAUCUAAUUCUUCUCACAAGGAAAUGCAGAAGCUUUUCUCAAGCCUUGCUCAUUGAACUUUCAGUUUGUUCGAGACAUUUUCAUCCUUGAGAAUGUAGUGAUUCUGACCAGCAAAUGGAUGCUCAAAGGUUUGACAUUUUUAUGGCAGAAGAACAUUAGUCAUGGAGACGGUCGUAGGAAAGAGGUGAUCUUGAAGUCAGACAAAGUUGCAGUAUCUCCGCUUACAGGUUUUUAUGGAGGGCCAGUGUUAAUUCUGUCGGCUAACAAGGAGCUUGGUUGCUUCUCAUACUGUCUUACAGUACAAUAAUUGUUCAUAUGAUGUAUCAGUAUCAUGCGUAUCUAAAUUUUACCCAUUUGAAUUAAUUUAACUAAGAUAUUGUUUUUUAGUUUUAUGUA